AUGUCUAGCCGAUUCGUUUCCGGCGGGACGAUGAGCGGCGAAGGGUCCAAGGACGAGGCCGUCGCUGCCGCGGCGAGGGAGCCGCUGGCGAAGAAGAGCGUGGAGUGGGAGGCGGUGCAGCAUGAGCUUGACGAGGAGAGGAAGCGGAGGGAGCACGCGAGGGCGGAGUUGGCGGAGGGUGGGCAGCAGAGCUUGUAUGACAUUUUGCAGGCGAACAAAGCGGCGAAGCAGGCUGCGUUUGAAGAGCAGAAUAAGCUGAAGAAUCAGUUCCGGGCGUUGGAUGAUGAUGAGAUUGAGUUUCUGGACGAGGUGAGGGCGAAAGAGAGGGCUGAGGAGGAGCGGGCGAGGAGGGAGGUUGAAGAAGGGCUGAAGGCGUUUCGGGAGAGGCAGAAGAGCACCGGCGGCGGGGGGGAGGCUUCUUCCGGGACGGCGAGGGAGGAUGGUGGAGGGGAGGAGGGGGAGGAGGGGUGGACGGUGGGUGGGAGGAAGAGGAAGAGGCAUGAGAGGGAGGUGUUGGGGGUGAAGAAGAAGGCUGUUGGCGGUGGUGAUAGAGGGAAGGAUGAGGCUGGGGGAGUUGAUAGGGGUGAUGGUGAUGAUGGGAAGAAGAAGGGUGAGAGUGAGGGUCAGAAGGAGAAAGAAAAGGAGAGGGAGCCUCCUAAGGAAGAGAAGAAGACGAGCUUGGGGCUGGUGGCGUAUGAUUCGGACAGUGACGAUGAUGAAUGA